AUGGCAGCAGCUAUGUCAGAUCUCAACCAUCCGCUAGCCGCAGAGAUUCAUCCCAGGAUGAAUGACAAUUAUGGUGGCGGAAACCCUGGCGAUAAUGAUACUGUUGCUGUUGGUAGUAAUAAUAAUGGUCAUUUACUUGAAAAUGGUUCAGCCGUGGUACCUGAAGUGAUACCGACAGGUUUUGGAGCUGGUAAGAGCAAUGGCGCACCGCUCGGAAUGCCGGUGAACAACCCUUCAGAUGAUUCGCUUGCACUUGGAUUGAAUUUGGCGUUGGUGCCAGAUGCACUCAAUAAGAAUUUUAACUCGACACCUAGUAAUACCAGCACUCGGACUGGGAAUAAUUCGACGGGAACUAAUUCUGGGAAUAAUACCACGAUGCCAACGCCACUUACAAUGAGUAAUGGUAAUACUAAUUCCGUAGAUAAUAGUAACCCAGGUACGAAUAAGACCCCUGGUAUUUCUGGUCUACGUUCUAGUUUACACUCAAUUGGUUCGGAUCACUCUUCGCCGAUAAUGAACACUGAUAUUAGUACAAAUACCAUGAGAAUGUUCCAAAGGAUGGAUGAAAUUAGUGCGAGAUUGAUCGCUAUGGAAGAGAUGUUUCAGAAACUUUGCAAAAAUGUAGAGCAACAGAAUUCAACGAUAUCCAAUUUAAAAAUAGACAAUGAACGAAUGUCAAAGGAUAUCCUCCAGAAAAUGGAAUCGAUACCAAUGCAACGCAGUCACCAUAGUGAGACAAGUGUUCAGGAUACAUUUGUCACGGACCUGUUGAACUCGAUUACUAACGUAAGCAGCGCAUAUUUGAGACGGAUGAGACCGCAUAGUUAUCACAAUAGAAACCAGUUCGAUUCAAUACCACCUAAGCAUACUGCUAACGAAAUGGAUAGUGGCAGGUAUGGAGAAAACGAUGAUCUUGGUGCGUCGAGCCAUUACCGAAAUUUUGGAGAUAGACAACCUGGGCACGCAUCGUUCACGCUGAAUCCCAACGGCAUCAAGAGGAGGAAGAAGAAUGAUUUCUCUUCAGACAAUCUGACGGUGUCGGGUUUAAAUUCCACGAAUAUGACCAGUGCUGCUCAAUCAUACAAAGAUUUGACCUCUUUGAAUGCGUUUGGCACAAUCAGCCUACCAAACUUGACGUUGGAGAAUACUGGUAUGACGCCACCCCUUCGUAAUGCGAACCAGGGCAUGUCUUUUACGCGAAUGCAAGACGCCGGCAACAGCAACAUGCUCCACCACGGUCAAGGCCAUAGCCAACCUGAUAUUUCUUCACUACAGCAUAAUCAAAUGGCCCAUCCGCUUAAGAACGCCGUAACUAACCAGCCUCAGAAUGGAAACGAGAAACCUCAGGAUGAUGACGACGAUGGUUAUCAGGAAGAUGAUGACGAAGACAACGACUCGGAUGGUAGUGAUGACGACGAUGAAGACGAAGAGAUAGAUGAUGAGAUGAUGCACAGGACUGAGAGCAUGAAUAACACUAACCUUCAAGAAGCCGCAGUCUACGAAAAUGGGCAACAUAAUUGGAGAAAUCAAAGUGUCGCUAAUAGCAGCACUUCCCGUAAAGGUAACGAAGUUAUUUCAAGAAAUAGUGAAAACAAUAGCACACAAGAUAAAGAAAAAGAUAACCAAUCGAAGCAUUCAAAAAGUUCAAAUGAAGUAAGUGACAUGAACUAUACACUUCUCAAGGCCCCCAGUAACGUUCGGACCAUAUGGGAUGAAUAUACUGUGGGUAUUCGCGGUCACCCACCGAUCAAAAGGCUAGAGGAAAGGUUCGGUAACAAGUGGAGACUGAACAGAAACAGAAAGACGUACGCUAGGAGGAAGAGACUUUACAAAUUCAUAAUCAACGGGAUAAACAAGGGUAAGACGGCGGAUGAGAUGAUUAAUACAUUAGAAGAGAGAAGGUUGUACAAAGACGAAAAUGGUGAAGUGAAAAGAAGGACCAUUGGCUGGUUGCAACAGAGUUUGACGGGGAUUUGA